CAUAGCAGGAAAAGGAGGCGCUUGAACUAAUGCUGUAUUGCGUGGAUUCAGAGGUGAUCGACAAGUGGUCUAUUUCGGAAGGAACAGGUGUCCGCAAUAAUUCGUUGGAAGGCGAUAAAAGGAGGAUUCACAGGAGGGUGAGAAGGAAAUUAAUUACGCAGGAGGAGAAUAUGGUAGAACAAAAGGUAGCUUUGGUGGCUGGAGCAACUGGACUCGUUGGUAACAGUCUACUAGAGCUGCUGCCGAAGUCCCAGUGGAAGGUCUAUGGCCUUGCUCGACGGCCGAGGCCGAGCUGGUUUGUGAAUACAGGGGUGGAGUACAUCGAGUGUGACUUGCUGGAUAGAAGUGAUACACUCCGCAAGGUGUCGAGGCUGACAGACGUGACACAUCUCUUCUGGGUGGUCUGGGUCCACAAGAGCGACGGUGAGGAACAAGGCAACUGCGAGGCAAAUGGAAGCAUGCUUUCGAAUGCUCUGGACGCGCUGCUUCUCAACGCCAAGCAGCUGGAACACAUCUGUCUCCAGACUGGUUCCAAGCACUACAUCGGCCCGCAGAGCCUGUGGGGGAAGAUAGAUCAUGGAGAGCUCCCUUUCGUCGAGGACGGCCCCCGGCUUGGUGUUCCAAACUUCUACUACACUCUCGAGGACAUUGUCUACGACGCUGCAAAGAAGAAGAAGGGUCUCACUUGGUCGAUCCACCGGCCCAGUGUCAUCUUUGGAUUCGCUCCCAGGAACCUCAUCAACCUAGUUCAUGCGGUAGCGGUCUAUGCCAGCAUUUGCAAGCAGCAGGGGCUACCGUUUGUCUUUCCUGGACACUCGGAGGCGUGGGAGUGCAAGACGGACGUUUCGGACGCGGAGCUUAUUGCUGAGCAACAGAUCUGGGCGGCGACAGACGCCAGAGCCAAGAACCAGGCCUUCAACGUGACAAACGGGGACCUGGUUACGUGGAAGGAGCUGUGGCACGCGGUGGCGCUCAAGUUUGAUCUCCAAGUGCCUGUCUACAGUGGCUCCCCGACGAGCAUGGAGGAGAUAUUGCGAGACAAGCAAGAAGUGUGGGAGGAGAUGACGAGAUCCAACAGGUUGCACGCAACGACCAACUUGAGGAAGGUGGCGAGGAUUUUAGACGAAGCCUUCAACUUUCCAUUUCGUCUGGUGAGCAGCAAUAGCAAAUGCCGGGAGUUUGGAUUCAACGGCAGCAGAGACACGGAAGCGUCACUGACACGAGUGAUCGAUCGAAUGCGGGCAGCUCGGAUCAUCCCGUAACAAGAAGAGGGGCUCUACGCACAGCGGCUUUUCACCCGAAGUUGGGCCUAGCAGCACAAACUUUUUCCAGUCUUCCUCCUGCGACUCUGGCCCCGGAUUGGAGAGGUUCAGAUACCUCAGUCCC